AUGGCGAUGUUUUCUCGGACAGACACGAAUAGGAGCCUGGAGAGCCUGUUGGACACCGACAAAGCCGUGCAAGGGAACAAGAACAUGGUCCGGCAGCCUAUGCGGAAGCAUGUUCCUGGACAUGGUCUUGAGUUCAACAACUUAUCUUAUAGCAUCAUGAAGAAGCAGAAAAAAGAUGGGGUUUGGAUUCAGAAGGAAAUUUAUCUUCUUAAUGAUAUUUCGGGGCAGGCCAUGAGGGGAGAAGUUAUGGCCAUCAUGGGGCCUAGUGGUGCCGGAAAAUCGACUUUUCUUGAUGCUUUAGCAGGACGUAUUGCUCAAGGGAGUCUUGAAGGUUCUGUCAGAAUCGACGGCAAACCAGUAACAACUAGCUAUAUGAAGAUGAUUUCAUCUUAUGUGAUGCAAGAUGAUCAGCUCUUCUCCAUGUUGACAGUUUAUGAGACAUUUUUGUUUGCAGCAGAAGUUAGGCUUCCACCUUACAUAACCACUGCUGAAAAGAGGAAAAGAGUCUUUGAACUCAUUGAUCAGCUCGGCUUAACGAGUGCAACUCAUACAUAUAUUGGCAAUGACGGAACAAGAGGAGUCUCGGGUGGAGAAAGACGAAGAGUGUCUAUUGGGAUUGACAUAAUUCACAAACCAUCCCUUCUAUUUCUUGAUGAGCCUACAUCAGGUCUUGAUUCGACUAGCGCUUUCAGCGUCGUAGAAAAGGUUAAGGACAUCGCACGUAGUGGUAGCAUAGUUCUCAUGACAAUCCACCAGCCUUCCUUCAGAAUUCAAAUGCUCCUGGACCAUAUCACUGUCCUAGCAAGGGGGAGAUUGGUAUAUAUGGGAAGUCCAACUGCACUUCCUGGAUUUCUUACUGGAUUUGGCAGACCAGUUCCAGAUGGUGAAAACAGCCUAGAGUAUCUCCUAGAUGUAAUCAAAGAGUACGAUGAAUCAACUAUUGGACUCGAUCCGCUAGUGGCGUAUCAACGUGAUGGCAUCAAACCAGACCAAGUGGCUCGAACCCCAGUUCCAAAAACACCAAGAAGGCUUAAAAAUCCUGUUACUCCUCAUCAGAGCAAGAGCCCCUGGUCGAAGCACUUCAAUCUCCGAAGUAGCCAAUUCUCGAGUGGAAAUAUGACACCUACUGGAGGUUCUGGACAGUUUAGUUACAAUGAAGGUGGUGAUAAUGACGAGAAUUUUGAUAACUCCUUGGAACGAAAGACGGCUCAAACACCUAGAAGCAUAGUUAGCGGAGUACAUAAUCCUCGUUUGGCUUCUCACUUCUACAAAGAUUUUUCAGUUUGGCUCUACAAUGGUGUCACAGCAACUCCUCGCCGCCCCCCUACUUGGACUCCAGCACGAACUCCAAUAUCCAGUUCAAGAAGUCAAAUUGUAAGCAGAUACUCAAGUCCUGCACAUGCUCGGACUCCAGUAGUCUACAGCCAAGCACCUGAACCCUAUGCUGCUUCUUACGAAGAAUUUGACAUUGAAGUACUUGAUGAGCCAGAGCACAUGCACAAAUUUGCAAAUCCAUGGCUUCGUGAAGUGGCUGUCCUAUCAUGGCGCACUGCACUCAAUGUAGUACGCACCCCAGAACUUUUCUUAUCUCGUGAGAUUGUCUUAGGAGUAAUGGCUCUUGUUCUGUCUUCCCUUUUCAAAAAUUUGCACCAUACCUAUAUCAAAACUAUCAACCAACUUCUCAAUUUCUAUAUCUUUGCCAUUUGCCUGGUCUUCUUUUCUUCAAAUGAUGCUGUCCCAACUUUUAUCCAAGAAAGAUUUAUCUUCAUACGAGAGACCUCUCACAAUGCAUAUCGUGCUUCUUCUUAUGUCAUCUCGUCCCUCAUAGUUUACCUCCCAUUUUUUGCGAUACAAGGCUUCACAUUUGCUGCAAUUACAAAAUUCAUCCUUCGUCUCAAUGGUAGCCUUACCUCGUUCUGGCUAAUCCUUUAUGCCUCACUCAUAACGACAAAUGCUUACGUGAUGCUAGUCAGUGCAAUGGUUCCAAGUUACAUAACCGGUUAUGCUGUUGUCAUAGCCACUACAGCUCUCUUCUUCUUGACUUGUGGAUUCUUCUUGAAAUUAUCCCAAAUUCCAGGUUACUGGAAAUGGCUUCAUUACAUUUCUGCAAUCAAAUAUCCAUUCGAGGCAUUGCUGAUAAACGAGUUCAAGGGAAAAAGAUGUUACGAUGGCAAUCCUGAGGAUCUUUCGCCUGGCCCUCUGGGAGAUGUGAAAAUCAGCAAACUGCACAACACGACAUUGACAACUUUGGGACCAAACUGCAGUUUGAUUGGUGAAGAUGUUCUGUUUUCCAUGGAUAUUCAUAAGAUUGAGAAUAUUUGGAUUGACAUUGGCAUUUUGCUCGCAUGGGGAGUGCUCUAUCGACUCUGCUUCUAUGUAGUUCUUAGAUUUUAUUCCAAAAACGAGAGAAAAUGA